CACUCGGCCCGAUCCCUCGCUUUCCUACUCCGCAUCACUUCUCCACUUCUUCUGCUCGCUCUCAUUCCACGAGAGCUCCAGGAAAUAUUCUUCGGAAUUUUUGAAAAUUUAAUUUCUUAUCGUAUUUGAAUUUGAAAUAAGCCCACCCCCCAGCGGUGCAGUAGGAGGAGGACAAAAGUCUACGAGUAGUAGCUUUUGAAAGACUGAUUUUCGAAAUGGGAGAGGAAAAUUCUGCAAUUGAACUGAUGCAGGGACGUCGGUCGUAUUCGUCGGAGGAAGACGGGAUUCAGAUACCGGAGUUAACGUUGGUGAAAAUGAUCACGGAUAAGGACAACAAACUUGUCUGUAUCUUCUGCAAGUCACCAGAACUGAAUGAAGUCAGCUAUGGACCACUCUACGAUUUGAAUGGGCUUGUUUGCCAUUACUUCUGCAUGUUGUUUUCGUCAGGGUUGACGCAAUCAGGAACUGAUGCGGAGGGUAUUCUUGGAUUUAUGCCGGAAGAUAUUAUGAAGGAAGUGCGAAGGGGAGGCCGUUUGAAAUGUACAUUUUGUGGGAAAACUGGUGCAUCUAUUGGAUGUUGUACGAAAGCUUGCCGAACUACGUAUCAUUUCCCGUGUGGUCUGGCCAAUGAUAUCCAAUACCAAUUCUUACGAAAUUUUGAGACGUACUGCCCCAAGCACUACGACCAUCAGAACAUUUGUCUUCCUGAUAAUGAAGAACUGAGUUGUCCCUUGUGUAUGUCUGGCAUUUCAAAAGAUGAAGACGUAAUCAAAGGGGGAUGCUGCAAUGGAUCUAUAUUCCAUAAGGAUUGUGCUAAGCAAAUGGCAUUAAAUGCUGGAUACUUUUUGAAAUGCCCAUUAUGCAAUGAAACAACCAAAUUUAUUGAGGAAUUACGAACCCAUGGAGUCUUUGUCCCAGAACAGGACGCAUCUUGGGAACGAGGGACGACUUUUAAUGAUUUGCUCUUUCAAUAUUCAUUGUGCGAUGCAAAAGUUUGCUUAUGUCCAAAGGGAAAUGAUUUCAAUGCAGAAUUUGGAUCUUAUGAGCUGGCUCGCUGCUCACUUUGUGGUGCUUCCGCGAUUCACAAGAAGUGUGGAAAAUUGAAGUCUGUUGAAGAUUGGGAAUGCAAUGCUUGUGUCGCUAUCACCAAGAAAGAAGCUUCGACAUCAGAGAGCAGCAGCAUCCCAGCUAUUUCCAUUUCUGGGACCCAAGUACACAUGCUCAGGUCAAAAGGGACGAACCGAAAGUAUUUCAACAUGUCAAAAGUCAAGCUGUUAAAGGUUGCUAAGCGAUUCUUCCCGUACAAUAAAGAUGCCUUGGCUAAUUUUCGACAUCAGCGCGUACACGAGCUUCCUGAUUGGCGUGGACAUGUCCUUCGAGUUAAUCUGUUUAAUUGGUUUGGAAAGGUCAAUGAUAUGUUGAGCCUUCAAAUAGGCCAAGAUGCGGCUGCUCCACUUGCUCCACCCAACAAUGUUGGAAAUGGACUCGUACCCACUAUUCCCGCAAUGUUUCGGCGAUCUGCUGCAUCAAACCCCUCUCAAGACCCAGCUGGUACGAUUGCCACGAGUGCUUCAACAGUUAAACCGGUGACCGUACUUCAAUCUUCCAUCACUAAAAAGUCUGCCGCUUCCGUCGUCAAGAAACGGAAAGCACCCCGAAAGAGUACCAAAUGGUGUCGCGGUGUUGCUAAACGAAAUACAAAUAAAAAUAAACAAAUUAAACAAAGAACUUUGGACUCAUAUGGCUUUAGCCCGGUUUCUGAUGGGAGCAAUAAUUCUCCCGUUCAAGAUGGAAAAAGAAUUGAUCUGAACUCUACACCGGUUUCCUCACCGGCGAAGCGACCAAAACUGACUGAUAUUGAUGACAUCCAAAAUGAGUCAUCAUUGGAUCAAAACAAUGGUGGUCCGAUCUCUCCUUUACCUUGCACAUCUCCGACUGGUACUGACGCCGAGGGAGUUGACACAGGUUCAACUGAAGCUCCUCGCGAAUUAGAAAUUAGUGACGGGGUGAGUGCUUCCUAGCUAAUUUUUUCUAUGAAAAUAUAAUAUUAAACAUUAUCUAGUUAGUUGGUUAAUUAGUUAUGUCAUUCUCGCAUUUAACUCAUACCAAUGCCAAAAAAAUUUGAGGUGAACAUUUUCCUACUAACUGAGAUAUUAUGUAUAAUAAGAUGAAUAAAGUAUUUAUCUUUGGAUGAAAAAUAUUUGUCUUUAUUUUUAAAGCUAUAUGAAAGUAACUAAUGCAAUCGUUCCUAACACAAAAUACAAAAAAACUACAAUAUAUAUAUAAUAUGUUUAUAAUCUUCGAAUAUUCAUUCCGCUAGUGAGCUGGUACUAUUAAAUGCAGUCGAUAUGCUUAGUAGUCUGGCUAGCUCUAGUUUUAAAUAAAUGCUUGAUAAGUUCAUACCGUUGAGUAGUAUAAUUUGGUAGCAAAAGCGUAUAUUUUUUUAUAUUGAGAUUUUGAUUAUUCUUAAUUUUCUAAUCCUUUUGUUAUAAUUGGAAUAAAGUAUUAAUAGAUUAUAUAAAUUUUGUGAUUCUAAAUUCCAGUAAACUCCUAGCUUUUACAUAAAGACCAAUGAUACUGAUAAUUACUAAAGUUAUAAAUAUGAUGAAUUAAUUAAUAGUAUAUGUGGCAUAUAUGUUAUACGAAUCGUUUUAAAAAAUAGAUAACUGACAAAUACAGAUUACCAUAUAUUAAAACGAUAUGUAACCAUGUAUAAGACUACGAAAUGGGUUGAAUAAAAUCAAUAAAAGGCGAAUGAAAAAAAA